AUGGGUCAGCAGCAGUCAGCAUUUGUUGUGGAAAUCGCCUCACCCAGACUUGGAAGCUUCCAGAGUUUGCCACAGUCUGAUCCUGAUGAUGAUGGUCCUAGUUCUUCAGAGUGGCGCAUCACAGUUAAUCCAUCAGCAAAUUUCUUCUCAACUAGCGAUGAAUUAAAAUCACUGAUUAGCAAACUUUAUCGAAAUCAGAAAUUGAUUACACCAUCAGAAGCAAAAUAUCUUUCUACAGCUUUAAAAUGUAUCGAAAUUUCCUCAGAUUUACUUCUUCCACUACUGACCGUUAUUUCAAAUUCUACUGCAUAUGCUGCGAAUCAGUGUUUAUUUGCGCAGUCUGGUAUAACCGAAAAAAUUGUGGAAAUGAUGAAAAAUUACCACGCAGCUUUUCCAAAUUCGAUCAAGGUAAUAUUAUUACAAUGCAUCGCAAAUAUGGCUGCAUCCAAAGAAAAUGCAGAAAUCUUAAAACAAACUAUCCCACUUAUUAUAAAGCGUCUUGAUUCACCACUAGAUAUGGAAAGGACGGUAUCAUUCCAGGCUCUUACUAAUCUUUCUUAUACGAUUACACGAUCGCAAAUUGAAACUUACUUACCAGCUAUACCUAUUUGUCUCAAAAGACUUUGGGAAAAAGGUGAAACGAAUAUUAAUUCACUGCGACUUCUUGUUAAUCUGUCUUGCUGCCCUGAUAUGGUGCCGCACAUUUUAGCUGCAAAGGCAGUUACAGGAUUGUUGUCGAUUCUGGAUUCAGAUAAACCGGAAAUUUUACUGCGUGCCGUAACAUGGUUACUUUGUAUGUCAUCAGCUGUACAGGCAUUAUCUGUGACAUAUGAAGUUAUCGCUCCGUUAAAUCAAGACCCUUUUGCGAAUCCCAACUACACUGUUUAUUUUUCUAUUUAUGCUCCAAAGGCUAGACAGGAGCUAGUUAAGCGAUUAAUUGAGAUAGCCGCAGGCAACGAUGAGACAGCAGUGAAAGCAAAUCAUUUGAUCGAAAUACUAACAGAAAUCCCAAAAACACGAUCAUUGCUAUCCAAUCUCAAUAAAUUAUAA